AUGCAUCCUCCUCCACCUUUCUUUCUGCGUGCCUCAUACAUUCUGCAAAACAUCCACCUCUCCCGCCACCCCGACCUGCUCAUGUCGCGUGCCGCUUCCAUCCCAUCGGCCGCGGUGAGGUGGUGCUUGGCGCUUGCGCCGCCCUUGCCCACAGCGUCGUCGGUGUCCCUGCGCAGCGCUGCCGCUGUUGUCGAGUCACAUCGGCACGACAGGCCGAGACUCGCACCCGUGGCGGUGCUGUCAGCCAUCGCAUUGACCAACUCGCGCCGCCUCAGCGCCGCGCCACACUCGUUGCCCUUUCUCUACCGUCGACCCUCUGGCUUGCGGGCGUGCUGUACCAGCGGCAACGGGUGCAGGUCCAUUCGGUUAGCAGCACCAUCGCCAGCGUCUGCCGGUGCGGCUGCCGCAUCCGCUAGCGUCACAACCCCGACGCCGUCUGCGCCAGCACCUGCACAGCGAGAGCGCCACGUCUGCCCCGAGUGUGGCAAGCGCUUCCUGUGUGAGCCAAACCUUGUCCGCCAUCGCGCCACUCGCCACGGUGUGCAAGUUGCGUCUGCGACCGAGGUGGCGCGAGCGCAGAUCGCCGCGCGCAACGCGCGGCUACAGCAGGAGCUUGCCCGCGUGCAGGCACGCGUGAGGCAGCUGCGCGAUGGCGGCGGCACCGCUGCCACAGCGGUGCUCGCCGUCGAUGCGGCCAGCGCCUACCCCAGCGCGGUGCUGACCGGGCGCUUGAUGCAGGUCGACGAGGCGGUGGAGCGGGCGUGGCGGCACAGCGGACGGGGGCUCGGCACUGGCAUAUCGUUUGUGAGCUGCGUCGGCACCGUGCGCGGCCCAGUGGAAGUCGGGACCCUGCGCGGGGCCACCCCUGCUUCCGCAUCUGAUAGUCCUGCUGCGGGGCCGCGCGUCCUGCAGUUUGUGCUAGAGGCGCACGGGUACCGGGAGCGCCGCCCUGGUCAGCUGAAGAUGUACCGGUCGCACCUCCUGGUCCGCUACGUCGCCUGGCAGCCGUACCACUGCUACGGCGAUGACGAUGGCGCGGGCAGCGCGGCAGCACCCUGUCCUCCCGCCACUGCGCCGCUCCUCUUCAAGGUGCAGGAGGGCGACCUCCUGCGCGUGCAGGGGCACUACGCGCUGCACAGCAGCUACGACAUGAUAUCGAAGCAGUCCGUGGAGAACGUCGUCUUGGAGGCGGACGCGGUCGGAAUGCUGCGACCGGCACCCGCGAAGGAGACGUCAGCAGCGCAGAGGGAGAGAGACGGCAGUCCGACGCGGCAGCCAUUUUUGUCGACAUCACCGCCCUCGCGGCACGCUACUACGCCGACGGCGAAAGACGCCAUCAGCAGUGCCCAUGAUCGCUGCCCCGGCCAGGACUCGGCGAUGUCUGCAGCACCGUGUGCCACGGCCGCGGCUGUGGCGUCUGCAGACGACGCGUCGCCGCCGAAACAGCGGCAGUCGAUACUGUCGACCCGAAAGAAGACGGCGUCGACGAAGCUGUCAACGACGGCACCGCUCCAACACCAACCGCGGUAG